UAAAUAAGCUUGGCUUAUAACUAGUUAGUUAUCUAUGGCGAUUUCUUUCCUUUCUCAUCAAUGGCUAUCCUUGCAAGCUCUGUUUUUCGUACUCAACUACUUCUUUGCUUCCUAUAUCAGAGCUCAGCCCUCGUCCGGCGAUGGUGCCGAAUUUUGGUGCUUGGAAUCAUCGACCCCAUGCUCGACAUACACCGCGUUUUUUGCUCAAGAACCGGACUUUUUGGAGCUUCGAAGCAUCGCCAGUCUGUUCAGAACCAGCCCUGAAGAGAUUGCAAGAGCUAGCAGCAUGGUUUCUGAUGAUACUCGGUUGUUCCCAGGCCAACUAUUGUUGGUACCUAUAACCUGUGGUUGCACCAUGAACCAUUAUUUUGCUAACAUCACAUAUGAUAUCAAGCUUGGUGACACAUACUACACAGUUUCGACCACUGUUUUCGAGUCUCUCACCAAUUUCACUGAAGUGGAGCAAAUGAAUCCUUCUCUAGAGCCCAGGAAUUUGCACCCCGGGGAUGAAGUCGUGUUUCCUUUGUUCUGCAAGUGCCCUUCGAAGGCUGAAUCGGAGAAUGGAACCGAGUAUUUUAUUAGUUAUGUCUGGCAACCGAAAGACAGUAUUUGGAGUGUAAGUGACAUGUUCAAUGCAUCAGCACCAGCUAUCAUUGAUGAAAAUAACUUAAAUGGCUACCCAGAUAUUAGCUCGGCAGUGAUUCCUCCACUGAUGAUCCCUGUGUCUGACUUGCCGGUUCUUUCGCAAACUCACCGAGGAAGCAAAUCUAAACACCAGGAAAUUCUCAUAGUUGCUUUAAGCAUAGUAGUCUGUUUGCUUAUUUUAGCAGGUGUGGUAAUACAUGAGAGGAAGAAGAUUUUUAAGCGCUAUGGUUCGUCUCUGGAGAAGGCCGAUUUGAUUCCGGUGAAGGAUCUUACAAGAAGUGAGAGUUUCCGGCCAAAGAUCAUGCAAGAUAAGCUGCUUCAGGGAGUUUCAGGUUACCUAGGGAAGCCAAUCAUGUAUGACGCUGAUGUGAUUAUGAGGGAAACCAUGAACCUUAAUGAACAUAGAAGAAUCGGAGGAUCGGUGUAUAGGGCCACCAUUGAUGGGAAACUGUUAGCCAUAAAGAAAACAAAGGAGGAUAUUACAAAGGAACUGAAGAUUUUGAAGAAAGUAAAUCAUGCAAAUCUGGUGAAGUUAAUGGGUGUCUCAGCUGAUUCAGAGGGAAACUGCUUCUUGGUUUAUGAAUAUGCCGAAAAUGGAUCACUCGAUAAGUGGUUGCAUCCGAAAAGUUCAUGUUCUUCGAGCUGUGUUGCGGUUCUCACUUGGAGCCAAAGGUUACAUGUAGCACUGGAUGUUGCCAAUGGCCUGCAAUACAUGCACGAGCACACUCGACCAAACAUCGUUCACCGGGAUAUCAGAACUAGCAAUAUACUUCUUGAUUCCAUGUUUAAGGCCAAAAUUGCUAAUUUCUCAGUUGCCGAAAGCGUUACAAAUAGUAUAAUGCCGAAAAUGGAUGUUUUUGCAUUUGGGGUUGUGCUGUUAGAGUUGCUUUCGGGUAAGAAAGCAAUGGCAACAAAAGAAAAUGGUGAGAUUUCCAUGUGGAAGAAUGUAAGGGAAGUUCUGGAAAUCGAAGAGAAAAGCGAGAAAAGGCUAAGAAAAUGGAUGGACCCAAACUUGCAGAACUUUUAUCCCAUUGAUAGUGCUCUAAGCUUGGCAGUGUUGGCCAUGGCUUGCACUCGAGAGGAUCCCCUGGCUAGGCCAAGUAUGGUGGAAAUCGUCUUUAGCCUUUCCGUUCUUAUUCAGUCAUCUUUUGAAAUACCGGAAGGCUCCUGGGGUUCAGAGAUAGAAACAGAACUCGCUCAAGUCAUUGAUCCGGUCGUAGCUCGUUAA